UCUUGUGAGCGUGGGCCAGCCCUGCGGUUAGCGAUGGCCAACAGUCAGAGGUGACCUGUGAAACUUCCCAGCUGGGUGUUGACAUGGACGCGGCUUCCUCUUGCACUCCUGGAACGUUCCCUCGUCAGGCCAGCUCCACGCCAUGAGAUGCCAGGCUGCCCAGAGAGGUCCCGUGAAGGAGGACGGGGCCCCAGCGGAGUGCCCACUGACCACAGGCAUCCACGGUGGACCAUUCCACCCAGGCGAGCCUCGGGGCAACAGCGGACACAUAGACACAGGUGCAGUAAAAGCACUACCCAGCUGAUCCCGGCAGCCCACGUGAUGUAAGUGGUGGCUGAUUUAAGACACUUAAGUUUUGGGUAUACAGGUGAUACCAUUUUUUAUCUGUUCAGCAUCCCAUCCUUUGGGGGAGCCAACCUGGCCCCCUCCAGGUGGUCCCCAGCCCCCCUCCUUCCCACUCUUUCCCCUCUGUUGCUGUCACAGGUUGGCCCUGCCCGUCUUCCAGAAUCUCCCUCUGGGGCUGGAGGUGUUUGGAGCUUAAUCAUCUCGUGGGCUUGCCCUUAAAAACCCAGAUUUUCUCAUUCUAGCUGCUCGGCUUGCUUCCAGGUCACGUGCCAACACUGGCCCCUCUCCCCCCUCCCUCCACACCAUCUCAAGUUAGUUUCUCCUGUUUCCACUAAGGAGCCACGAAUGACACAAACGUUGGCAGGAGGGAGGAGAUGGGAGGCCACAGUGCCCUGGGCCAGGGGCUUGGGGACAAGUUCUCACCUGAGAAGGGAGAGGUUCCCGAGGUCCCAGGGUCCGUGGCCCUGUUGCCGAGAGCUGAACUGCUGAUCGUGUCCAGUGGGGGGUCUGCACGGCUGCCCCUGACAGCGGUGGGCCGUGGAGAGGGGCUCGCUGACCCCGCAGUUCUCACCCGGCUGCGGGGUGAUGCGCAGGGCUGGUUGGCUGCUCUGCUCGGAGACUCCGUGCCGGCGCCCCUGGGCUGAAAUCCUGGAAAACUGAACUGGGGGCAGAGCCCGCAGGCGCUGCACGUGGCACUGGCUCAACUUGCAGUCACUGCAACAAGAGUGGGGCGUUCGCUGGAAAAGGCUGGAAGCGGUUGUUUGAAAGUCAACACCUGGGAGGCCUGGGAAGCUCCCAACCCAGAGGGAGCAGUUCCCGCGCUGGUGGACGGUCGGGAAUUCCCAUAGCCCUGUCUUGCUCCCAGAAGGCUCCGGGCAGCGAUCCCGAGGGUAGCCUGGGGACAGAGAGCUUCCGCAGAGGGAAAUGGAAGAAGUCGUGGGUUUCCUGUCACCAUUUGUGAGACAAGGACCUGCCCUCCGGACGAUGAGUGUGCCCUGCAGGCUGGUCCACCAAAUGCCCUCCGUCUGGGGGGACAGAGAGCAGUUGGCCCCUCGUUAGAACUGGCCCUGGGCGCCCCCUCCACCUCACCCGCCCACCGGAACCUGGCUCUGCCACCCGGGAGUGCGAGUCUGCCUCUCUUCAUCUGGGCCUGGGAGUCCUCAGGGCCCCCCAGGCCUGCCCACACCUGUUCCUCCUGGGCCUUUGCUGCUGAACCCCUGGGAGGGGUCAGCCUGGUGACUCUGGGGGCCCAGGGCUCUGUCCUGUCUGGGGCCAGUGGGCCAGGCAGCACGUGGGCCGGGGGGCAGGGCUGGUCCCUUGGGUGGCACAGCCCCUCCUCCCAGCCUUUACUCAUUAGCCAGGCUGUGCGGUGCCCCGGCCGGCUGGGCGAGGCUGGCUGCGCGGGUGCUCUGGCCUGCGGCGUGGCUGCUGCCUGGGCUCGGAAUGGACGGCCCCCGGGACAUGGUCCCCCAGGGCCGAGGGAGCCGCUGCCCUGCCCUCCGCAGGCUGGUCCCUGUCGGCUUCGGGGCCGAGGCGAGGACGCUCGUUGUCCUUUCUGGACCCCUGUUCCUCUUCCAGAUGCUGAACUUCAUGACCUACGUUGUGAGCUCGGUGUUCUGCGGACACCUGGGCAAGGUGGAGCUGGCGGCAGUGACCCUCUCGGUGGCCUUUGUCAAUGUCUGCGGAGUUUCCAUUGGAUUUGGCUUGUCCUCGGCCUGUGACACCUUAAUGUCCCAGAGCUUCGGCAGCCCCAACAGGAAGCACGUGGGAGUCAUCCUGCAGCGCGGCGCGCUGGUUCUGCUGCUCUGUUGCUUUCCCUGCUGGGCGCUCUUCCUCAACACCCAGCACAUCCUGCUGCUCUGCAGGCAGGACCCGGCCGUGUCCAGGCUGGCCCAGGAGUACGUGCAUGUUUACAUCCCAGCGCUCCCGGCAAAUUUUCUUUACAGCCUGCUGGCCAAAUACCUGCAAAACCAGGUAGGGGGCCCUCGAGGAGCUGCCCCGGCCCCCACCCCGUUCCAGAGCUGCGUGUCCCCAGCCUCCGCCCACCCCCCUCAGUCUCACCCUCACCUACUUCAGGGCAUCAUGUGGCCCCAAGUCCUCAGCGGCGUCGUGGGCAACUGCGUCGACGGGCUGGCCAACUACAUCCUGGUUUCCGUGCUGGGCCUGGGGGUCAGGGGCUCGGCCUGUGCCAACACGGUCUCCCAGUUCACGCAGGCCGUCUUCCUGCUGCUCUGCGUCGUGAAGAAGAAGCUGCACCUGGACACGUGGGCAGGCUGGUCCAGCCAGUGCCUGCAGGGCUGGGGCCCCUUCUUCCGCCUGGCCGUGCCCAGCAUGCUCAUGACUUGCAUUGAAUGGUGGGCCUACGAGGUCGGGAGCUUUCUCAUGGGCCGGCUCAGCGUGCUCGACCUCUCUGCCCAGGCCAUCAUCUACGAGGUGGCCACUGUCGUCUACAUGAUUCCCAUGGGGCUCAGCAUCGCGGUCUGUUUCCGAGUGGGGACGGCCCUGGGAGCCGCAGACACCGUGCAAGCCAAGCGAUCUGCCGUCUCAGGCACCCUCUGCACAGUUGGUACCUCGCUGGUCGUGGGCACCCUGUUGAGCCUCCUGAGGAAUAAACUGGGCCACAUCUUUACCAAUGACGAGGAAGUGGUCGCCUUGGUCAGCAAGGUCCUGCCGCUUCACGUCGUCUUCCACCUGUUUGAGGCAGUCUGUUGUCUCUACGGUGGGGUCCUGAGAGGGACCGGCAGGCAGGCCUUCGGGGCCGUCGUGAACGCCGUCACGUACUACAUCGUCGGCCUCCCGCUGGGCGUCGUGCUGACCUUCGUGGUCGGGCUGGGGAUCACGGGCCUCUGGCUGGGCCUGCUGGCCUGUGUCUUCCUGGCCGCCGCGGCCUUCGUCACCUACACCGCCUGCAUGGACUGGAAGCGGGCUGCGGAGGAGGUGCAGAAACGUGUGGGGCUGCCGCCCCAGGCCGCUGAGAGCACAGCCCCCAGCCUCAGACCCGGGCCUGAGAGAGCAGUCGUAUCUUCAGUGGCUACGGGCAGCUACCCUGGCGUGACCCUGACAAUGUACUCAAGGCCCGAGGCCCAUCUGGACCUCUUCGGGACUCCAGAAGCAGCCCAACCCCUGCCAGCUCCCCCUGGCAGACUGUCGGCCAAACAGCUGGCCAUCUGCCGAGGGGCUGCUCUGGGGGCAGCGACGGGCACGCUGGUAGUGGGGCUUGUCAUCAGGGUCCUGACUGCCAGGCCCUAGCAAGAAAGGAAGCAGAGUGGCUGCCCACCCCACAUCCUCAAAAAUAGACCUUUAGCCGGUGCCUCGUGUGACGUAACAGAUCUGAAUUGCGGUUAACUGCUCUUUAGAAGACCUCAACUGACCGGAAGACGAGGUUCCUGGGGUUGCUACCAUUAUUCAAUAACGUAAAUGGCUUCAAGUUGGAGAUUUCAAGUCAAAACAAAAUGGCAAAUGCCACUGUUACAUUAAGAAGUGCAUAUUUCUAGGCUGAGUCUGCUGCCCAAGUCUGUACACAAAGCCUUUGUGAAGCUCUGGAAAGGGGGCCAGCGGGCCCCGCGCGGAUCCCCCAUCUGCGUCCUGCCCACGCACCCUCCGCAGAUCCAGGCGCCGUGAGGCCCCGAGCAGGGCCGGGCUGGUCACCUUUCCUUCAGUCCUCUCGUGGCACCAGCAUUUUCGCGUAUCACAGACCUUGAGAAACACCUUUCAUACAGUAGCCAUAAGAUACAAACAAGGGCAGCGAAGCCCAGAUCGUUGGGCCACGAUAAGAUACAAACAAGGGCAGCGAAGCCCAGAUCGUUGGGCCACGUGGCCUCAGGCUGGAAUCUGAUGCUGAUCCAAGUUCUAGGAUGCUUUUGAGGCCCGGGACUCGUGACCAUUUCUGGGCUCCAGGCCGCACACCGCCACCUAGUGCGGGCAGCCUGGCCUCUGUCAUCUGUUCCUUCAACAUCAGUAGCUAUAGACACACCCACAGACAGACGGGUUUACUGAUCAAGGUCAAUAGGAAAGAAGGAUGCAGAGUGCAAACCCUGGUUCUGAAGAGUCACCAUGCCAGGGAUCCUGCUGCAGGCCCUCCGCCCACAGGAAAGCAGAAGCCGGCAUCCUCAUGUGACAUGAAGACAGCUUCUGCAGCCAAACACAACGACCAGGUACGGAGCACAGAAGAGUCACGUCACGUGUGCUAAGGUUGAGAGGUAUUGAGGAGAAAGGACUCCACGCUCGAGUAAGUUUGGGAAACAACACACACCGGCACUUCAAAGGUUCUGUAGGCCUGGGAUCUUUUAAGAUGCUGGUGUGCUUUACAAACCCCUUCUAGGCAGGGUCGGCAGUGGGGCCAGUUUUUGUGUAAAACCUUAUGGGAUUGGUGUCUCGUGAACGUGCUUACAGAAAUACUUGUUUUGGGUCAGCAGAUGGGGAAGGAGGAUAUAGUUGGGGAAAAAAAAAACCUAUCCACUCUAUAGAUUAUUUUAAAAAACAACCCACAAAUGACAAAGUAAAACUUGAGAAAAAUCUUCUUGGCUGAGAAUUUAAAAUGAGAAAAAAAUCAGUUAAAGAAAGCUGACCAACACCACCUUUGAUAGAUAAAGGCCAAAAAAAUGGAUUUAUAGUUGGAGAAAACUUGUGGUCAAAGAAUUGUCUCCAACAGGGGAUAUCUGAAAACGAAGAACGUUAUUACAAUUCAUGCCAAUUUUACCAAAUACAAUGUAUUUAUUCUGAAGCAGAAUAUACUAGUAGACAAGUCAAUAAUUUUGCUUAAUUAGAAUGUUUAAUAUUUGCAAACAAAUCAACGGACAAAGGACUAAUCUCCAAAUAUAUAAACAGCUCAUGCAACUCAUUCUUAAAAAAA